AUGCAGAAACUAGCACCCAGAGAAGACAGUGAAAAAUGCAGUGUAGGUUUGAAGAACAUACUCUUCUUUGGAGUUGAGUGUAGACGAAACCACAGCUUCUUCAAUGGAGAGAGGAGGGAUUGCAGCCACCCCAUUCGGAGAAGUGGGUGUGGCUCAUGUACAGGUGAGAGAAUGGGAGGGAAAAAAAUAAGACAGAAGAACUGUGUGGUUUGCUUAGACAAGGGUGAACUUAAGGCCAAUACUAUUGCUAGCCAACGCACCUUUUUACACUCCCUUGCAGGCCAAUCAUGCAUUUCACAUUUUGCUCUUGGUGCAAUGUCAUUGUCAAACCCUUUUUCCCUUGUAGCAGAAGAAGCCACCACACCAAUCAGCAGUGCUUAA